UCCUGACCUUCCAAGUUAUCCAUCCAGCUUACCUAUCACAGAGUCGCCUUGGAGACUUUUUUUGGUCUCCUCCAACCGGGCAGCUGGGCACAUGCAGUGAUAAGUACAUGUAAGUGGGUACACCGUAGAAAACGACAUUUUCUCCCCUACUUCCCUUCCCUUAUCUUUCUCAUAUUCCUCUUCACAUGUAUCCAUGCCAUUUUUCUCCUCUAAAGCAAGUGCACUGUGUAUUCCAUCAUGACGACCUUGCGAGAUAGACUAGCCGUCAUCGAAUCUGCCCUCCAAGAUCUACAAACCCUCGAGAUCACAGAGCGUGUACGUCAAAGCCUCGAUCACCGCUUCGAUAAAACCCCGCCAGAUAUUGACGCAGCACCCUUUCCCACGCCCGCACAAGAAAAACCCAACCCAUUCGACCAAGUCAGCGGCUCAAAAGAAAAAGAGAAAUUCUACGAUACAAUCGCAGCAAAAUUCGGGCUCGGUUUUCUCGCCACAGAAGACUUCUCGGAAUACGUGGUGUACAAUGCUUUCGUGACGAAUCUGCGAGUUUGUCCGGUGGAUUUGACGGAUUCGGGGAAUUACUAUUAUCUGGAGCAUCGGUUUUGGUUACCGAAUACGCCUGGUGUUGUGUUACGGAAGGGUAGCGAUAAGGAAGGGGAAUGUCUUGGGGUCGCGAAUAUACCGCUCACGGGACGGAAUUGCUUCGGCGUGGGGGAUUUUGCGGGAAAUCCGGGGGAUGUUUUGUGGGAGACUUUAAGGGUUACGGGGUUCUGGACGCAUAUGAGGUAUGAGUUUGAGAUUGGACCGCCGAGUGAUAGAAGGGUGUUUCACUGGAUUAGAACGAGGAAUAAUAUUAUGGAUGAUCAGGGGGAUUUGGUGUUGAUUGAGAAGGAGAAGGAGGAUAGGAUCUUGGCGGAGUAUGUUGGGAAGGGUUUAUUGAAGUGGAAGAAGAGAGGACGGCUAAGGAUUAAGAAUACUGGGGAGUAUGGGGGUUCGUGGGAGAAAGUGGUUUUGUUGACUUGGGCUGCGAUUAUUGAGGUAUGUUUCGCUUGAGACAACAUGCUAUUUGAGAAAGUGCCUUGCUAAUGUCCUGAAUUGUAGUUGUCUCGUCGAAGAGCUAGAUACAGGCGAUACUCCCCUUCACACAUCAUUCACGGAUAAUUUAUUAGUGGAUUUUGGGCGUACAUAUGGAGUAAAGGUGUUUAAGGAAGCGAGGAGUUUG